UUAGGAUAGGUGAGCAGAAAUUCUGAUCAGAAAUAGAAGAACUAGUCAUGAUGAACAUAACUAAAAUGGAAGGGCAAUACUCAACUUCGUAAUAUUUAUUUGGAACAGAGAUAUUAAAGAUAGUCUUUAUUUUUCAAUGUUUUAUCUGCUACUCCCUGCCUCCUCCCCCAACAACAACCAAAACGCUUUAAAAUUUUAAAUUGAAAAGUUGCCCAGUCAUUCAGUGAUGUCAAUGAUAAAGGCUGAACCAUAUUUAGACUAACCCCAAGGAAAGGAUAAUGUAUUGUAUUUUUAAAUAUUCCUUUUUACCUUUUCAUGCUCAGUGCCUCUUCCUGCUCCUGUUUGCCCUGGCAUCUUUUGGAAAGCUCUGUGUUUUGCGUAGCAUGUGCACUUUUUUUUCCUGAAAUGUGCAACACAUUCAACAUUGCAGUGAUUUUUUCCCCCUCCUUAGCUUACAGCAGAGGUGGAAACCCCAGGGGAUUCAAGUACCCACUUGAUAGGCUCAAUCUCUCUUAAUCAGCCUGUAAUGGAGCUAAUGGCUGUUUGUCAUCCUUGGAGAUAUAAAUUUCCUGGCGGUGUCUCCUGCAGACAGUGCAUGAAGUAUGCUCAGUGUGCCAGCAAGGGCUGAUAAUCAGCAGAAGGACAGGGUGCUUCGGUAGUCAGAAGAGCCAGGGCUUUCCGGCUGCCAGGCUACAGAACUCGCCUCGCCACUCCUGAGACAUGGACAACGCCGUUGACGGACUGGACAAAGCUUCUAUAGCAAACUCAGAUGGCCCCACAGCAGGUUCCCAAACACCUCCUUUCAAGAGAAAGGGGAAACUAUCCACCAUUGGUAAAAUCUUUAAGCCUUGGAAAUGGAGGAAAAAGAAGACCAGCGACAAAUUUAGAGAAACCUCAGCAGUAUUAGAAAGGAAGAUAUCCACACGACAAAGUAGAGAGGAGCUGAUAAGAAGGGGAGUGCUUAAGGAAUUGCCUGAUCAAGAUGGAGAUGUAACAGUUAACUUUGAAAAUUCAAAUGGGCACAUGAUACCCAUCGGAGAGGAAUCUACCCGAGAGGAAAAUGUAGUAAAGUCUGAAGAAGGUAAUGGCUCUGUAUCUGAAAAAACACCACCUCUGGAGGAAAAGGCAGAAGAUAAGAAAGAGAACACUGAAAACCACUUUGAAACACCGGCAGCUCCUGCUCUACCUCCUUCUGCUCCUCUUAAGCCUAGACCCAAACCUAAACCCAAAAAAUCACCUGUGCCUCCGAAAGGGGCCACUGCUGGGGCCAGCCACAAAGGUGACGAAGUGCCUCCCAUUAAAAAAAAUACCAAGGCUCCUGGUAAGCAGGCCCCCGUCCCUCCACCCAAGCCAACAAGCCGAAACACGACCCGAGAGGCUGCUGGCUCCUCUCAUUCAAAAAAAACAACUGGCUCUAAAGCUUCAGCUUCACCAUCCACUUCAUCCACCCCAUCUCGUCCCAAAGCUUCAAAGGAGACAGUUUCUAGCAAAACAGGGACAGUGGGGACCACCAAGGGCAAGAAAAAAACUGGCAAGCAGCCAACGACUUCUCGCCUGUCCUCAGACACAACCACUUCUGGCACAUCCGACCUUAAAGGAGAGCCUUCAGAGACCAGAGUGCAGAGUUUCAAACUCGAACAGACUGUCCCUGGAGUUGAGGAGCAGAACACAGGCAAAUCCAAGUCCAUGGUCCCUCCACCCCCUGUGGCUCCAGCACCUUCUCCUCCGGCCCCCCCUCUCCCUCUUGAGGAUCAGUGCAUUACUGCCUCAGACACUCCAGUUGUCCUCGUCAGUGUUGGAGCUGACCUGCCUGUCUCUGCCUUAGACCCAAGUCAGCUUCUUUGGGCUGAAGAGCCGAUGAACAGAACCACUCUCUACUCAGGCACUGGCUUAAGUGUUAACAGAGAAAAUGCAAAAUGUUUCACAACCAAAGAGGAGCUGGGGAAGACAGUGCCUCAGCUACUGACUCCUGGGCUGAUGGGCGAAUCUUCAGAAUCCUUUAGUGCCUCAGAAGAUGAAGGCCACAGGGAAUACCAAGCCAAUGACUCUGACUCGGACGGGCCUAUCUUGUACACCGAUGAUGAGGACGAAGACGAAGAUGAGGAUGGCAGUGGAGAAAGUGCUUUGGCAAGUAAAAUACGCCGGAGGGAUACUCUUGCUAUCAAACUUGGCAACAGACCAUCUAAGAAAGAACUAGAGGACAAAAACAUCUUGCAGCGUACAUCUGAAGAAGAGAGGCAGGAAAUCCGACAACAAAUUGGAACCAAGUUAGUCAGGAGGCUGAGCCAGAGGCCCACAACUGAAGAAUUAGAGCAAAGAAACAUCCUAAAACAAAAGAAUGAAGAAGAGGAACAAGAAGCAAAAAUGGAACUUAAACGCAGACUCAGCAGAAAGCUCAGCCUGAGACCCACAGUGGCAGAGCUACAAGCUCGAAGGAUCCUGCGAUUUAACGAGUACGUAGAAGUCACGGAUUCUCCUGACUAUGACCGCCGAGCAGACAAGCCCUGGGCCAGGUUAACACCUGCAGACAAGGCAGCAAUAAGGAAAGAACUAAAUGAAUUUAAAAGCACAGAAAUGGAAGUUCAUGAAGAGAGUCGACAGUUUACAAGGUUUCAUCGUCCAUAACGAAGUGUGAGACUAUUUGGAAACAAAGACUGAUCAUCUUUGGGGGAAGCCCUGCUUCCUGAAAACCUGAUAUUGCACUGGGAUUUGAAUGUGUGUGUUUCCGUUUAAUUUGUGGUGAAGGAAGUGUGUGACUCAGCUUGGUUGGGAAGUGCCCCUUACCUGUGCGGCCCAGAUGGCUCCAACAAGCAAAAGGAAGGGAUGCAGUGACUCUUGCUGCCCAUAAUGCACAGCGAUGGUAAGAGACACAGUGGAUAUUCUUCAUCAGAAGCUUUAAUCAAAGAAGAUGAGCAGAAGACAAUCGCUGGCUCCCUGUUACCAGAAAGCCAAAUUUUAUAAUGCAGGUGAAAGAGAAAUAUAGAUUAAAAUUGCUGGGCACUGAAAAGGGGUGGGAGUUGAAAAUCAGAAAGAAAGAGAAAUAUUUCAUUAUGUUAAUGAAGAAAAGAGAAAAUUGAAGCAUAAAUGUAUUUUUGAAGUAGUUAUUUGGUAGCUGAGAACUUAUUAAGGGAUUUAGGAAUCUAACCUCCCGAUGUGGAUUCCUCAAAGACUUGAUCAGAGAAUAUUCUUGUUUCACCAUUAUGUUGGUACAGUAUAGUACCAUUAUUUUAUGUUGUGCCAGUGAAUCCAGUUGCCAGAAAUAAGUCUGAAUGUUUUCAUGCAUCUUUUUCUUAAAUGCAGGAGCUUCUACUGACUCUUAACAAGCAUGCUUACCCAAAUUUUGUUGCAUGCUUUUAAGUAGCAUUAGCUAUGCACACUUGACAUUUUUAAAUAUUCCUUUCCUAGUGUACCAGCCCUCACAGGAUAAGAGGACUGGGAAUAAAGUCAGAUGUAAUGUGGCCCUAGAAAACUAUAGCAAGCUUCAGAAAUAAAUCUUUUGAUCUUUCCCUAUCUUGAUUAGAUCCAAAGUCAAAGCAACCAUACUUCCUUCACCUAAAGAAGACAGUAUUGACAAUCAUGACACCUGUUAUAUAAACUUGACUCCAAAGUUAAAACUUAAGCAAGCUACAAACGUGCUGCCUGCAGUUAGUCCUGCAUGGGAAUAAGGACUAGUUAUUUUUUUAGUGCUGCAUUUUUUUAAAGUUGGAUUGCUGCUAUUAAAAAAAAAAAAAAAAAGCACACAGAUCAAAAAAACACCCAAAGGCUUAACAGAACAUGGAAAGUUUCCACUAAGUUGUGUGUGAGGAAAUCCUCAUCUUGUAUUUUAAGAAUCUGCAGAUUGCAUCCAUAAAUACAGUGCAGUAUUUACUGUCCAUGCAAAAGAAUCAGUGAGGUUAAAGUAGUGGAAGGUUUCCCUAUGAGCCUACAGUCUGUAUUGUUUACAUUAAGAAACUCUCUAUUGUUGUGUUGCUAUUUCCCAUGGAGUCACAGGCACAGUAUGACUUCUGCUCCCAAAUACAUAUGACCAUAUGUGAAUACCACCUUGCAUUUCAUUGUUCUUCACAAUUGUUUUGUGCCUCUUUAAUUAAAAACACAUGAAAUGAAUAACAAAACAAGACCCAAAUAGAGUUUAUUUUAUUCUCAGAGUUUGGACUACAAUUUUCUGAGAUGUUUCUGGUUCAAGACUGUAAUUUUCUAUUUCAACCCAAAAGUAAGCAUUUAACCUGGUGAAUAAAUGUAGAUCCUGCCAUUCAUUGGUAUUUUAAAGAACCACUUGAAAUCGGAUCAUUUUAUUUAAAAAUAAAAAAUGUUAAUGCCAGUUGGCCUAUUAUAAAAAGCCAGGACCAUGUUAGAACUAGGAAAAGUAACCAGCAUUACUGCACCUCUUGUUAGACUCUGUGCAUUAAUAAAAUACACCCAGAGUCUGUUGUCAUUUCACUAAUAGGAUAAGACAAAUUUUUUCCUUUGAAAAAAUUUUUCUGCAUGCCCAGGUGUCUCUGGCUGAGGUUUUGUCUGUUUUACAGUGUUUCAAUCCAGCCAUAAAAAUUAACUUGUGAUUUUUUUUUCCCAAAGUCAUGCUUUUCCUUAAUUAUAUUUUUAUUUUAUUAUUUUAGUGUCUUGGGAAAAAUACCAAGAGAUAUAAUGUUUCCUUUAAUUGUCUAUGCUUAAUCAUCUUUAAACACUUUUUAAAUUUCUAACCACAAGACCUCUCUAUAAUGGUAAAUGUAAGACAUCACCAUUUUAUCACUCAAAGUACGUUAUUGAAAGUUUCUAUUUGGUUGAUAAAAGGAACAAUUUUUUCCCACUUUUGAUGCCUAUGAUGCAAUUUUUUGUUGCCUACAAUGAGAUACACUCAGUACAGAAAAUGAAAAUCUGGUAUUUCAAAAUUGCUUUUCUUGUAUAAUAGGUCAGAUUUAUUAACUACUCAUACUUUUUCUUUAUACUAAUGGAUACAUUUAGAAAAAAUUUGCUAAGUUAGAGACAAGUUUAAAAGUAAAAAAAAAAAAUGAGCCACUGCUAAUCUACUAUUUAGGUAAUUGGAAUCGCCAAUUAUUUUAUUAAAAUGAUUGCUUGAGUAAAAAGCUGUGGAAAGAAUUAAAGGAUUAUGAGCUAAGCUGUAUUUUGCAGAAUAUGGUUCUAUUUUAGUAGAGCAGAGAUGAGACAUAUCCCCACUGGCCACCCAGCCAGAGGUCUCCUACCUGGGGGCCCUAAAGGGAUGCAGAGGUCUGGCCCACCCUCCGUGCAUAGGCACCUCUGCCCACCACCAGCGUUUCAGCAAUCCAACCAGUAAGCAUAUGCUGUAUAGGAAAAAUAAAAGUGUGUGGCAAUUGGAUUUCUUUUGUUGUAACACAAUUCCAGGUUUUUGGCUAUUUAAAGUUUGACAUUAGGCUGACAUCGAGGAAGUAAGCGGGUUUUCCUGAGUUCCCAAGAUAUGAUUAAGGAAGAAAACAAACCCAUCUCCAGGAAGAUGCCAGGCAGGAAAGAACUAGACAGAUGUAGAAACCAAAGUGACCAUUUUAGUUUUUCUUAAUGGAGAAUAAAACAUUAAUAUUAGGGUAUUAAGAAGAUGCUCAGCAGGCUUCAUCAGCAUCUUCAUGGUCAUUACCAAUCAGUCUGACAAAUAGUUCUCUGGUAGUCAGCCUUCAUUUAAGGCAGCUUGCCUGAUAAUUUCCUGUGUAUGUGAAGUGUCUUGCACUUUUACAUGUUAGCUAUAAUUCCUUAAGUUACUUAACUGAAAUCUGUAAUAGAGAACCAUUUUGGCAUUUGAACAGCUAUUUUACAUGGAGAAAAAGCAAACACAUCUGUCUCUGCUUCACUCAGAAAAACUGACUUUCUGGUUUCAUCUUCAUAUUGUUUAGUAGCAUAAUGAGAGUAGUCCUUUAUCUUUCUCUAAUGUUAGUAAAUAUAUUCUGUUAGUAGGAAGUUCUGAAAUUGAAGGGAAAAUAUAUUUAAGGAAAUAAAGGAAUUGAAUACACCAUUCAAAAAUCACCAAAUACUGAAAAUAAGAGAUGAGUCCUUAAAACCUGAGUCAAAAAAGGUCCAAUUUUACAGCCUGCAAUUAAUUCAGGGCUGCGUUGGCAUUAAAAAUAAAUAAAUAAAUAUAUAUGUAUAUUAUAUAUAUCGUAGCUUACACUUAAAAGAGGAAAAAAUUGCAUUAACACUGCAUAUUCUGAUAUGUACCAUAUUAACACAUAACAGGCAUUUUAUUUAUGCUUCAUAGAAUCAGACAGACACAACUUUAAAAAAUCACACUGUAUUCACAAUAGAAAAGGGUAGUCUUAUCUACCACAGAGUAGUAUGUCCACACUUAAUAAUGAAAACUUUCUUCCUUUCCUGCUCAAAAAUUUCUUCAGUCUGUUAUUAUUUUUAAGUGCCCCUUGCUGCAAAUUUCAAAUGGAGCAAGAAAUCUUCCUCAGAGUAGGUGGUAUGGAAUUAAACUAGUACAAUAUAUAUGAAUUCAUGUCAUUUACCCCUGAGUAUGGUAGAACUGUUAAAGCAUUCUUAAAUUCCAUUUAUAUGAAGCCUAUCAUUACUAGGAAAAGUAUAUUCUUUGGGAUAAGAAUUAAUUUCUUCACACCAUUAGAGCAUGUUGUGAGUAGUAAGGAACUACUUAGAUGCAAUUUAUUUACAGAAUUGUCCCUUGGCCUCUUGAAAUGGCUGGAUCUUUCACUACUGAGUAGGUAGUCUCUACUUACUGGUAGGAUAGAUUACAUUGCUUUACUGGACAAAGCAGAAUGAACUUAUACAACUAAAAUAUGUCCUAUAUUGGCCGGGUGUGGUGGCUCACACCUGUAAUACCAGCACUUUGGGAGGCCAAGGCGGGUGGAUCAGUUGAGGUCAGGAGUUCGAGACCAGCCUGGCCAACAUGGUGAAACCCCAUCUCUACUGAAAAUACAAAAAAAAAAAAAAUUAUCCGGGCAUGGUGGCUUGUGCCUGUAAUCUCAGCUACUCGGGAGGCUGAGGCAGGGGAAUCGCUUAAACCCGGGAGGCGGAGGUUGCAGUGAGCCGAGAUCGUGCCACUCCACUCCAGCCUGGGUGACAGAGCAAGACUCCGUCUCAAAAUAAUGAUAAUAAUAAUAAUGAAUAAAAUAAAAUAUGUCCUCGAGGGAAAAGCAAUGACAGAGUAAUCACCAAAUUAAUAGGAACAUCUUUCUAGAGAAAGUACAUCCCCAGUUAGUUCAAACCCAGGUUUCAAAGAAGCAGCAUUGGGCUCUACUGUAAAGGCAGGCAGUGACCAAGAGGUGUUGGGGAGAGAGGUAGAGUACCCUCAAAUCAUUCCCAUUUUCACUUCCAAUUUCCUUUUUGUAAUCAUUAAGCUUAAGCUAUGUAUGGAAAUGCAAAGCGCCAUUAGCAUUUCUAGAAAGCAGCUGGAACCUUACCCACCAAUGCUUUUUUGAAGACAGUAUCAUCCCACAUUUAAAAAUCCUGUUGUAUAUGUUGUAAAAUUUCUGGCAAAGAAAUGGAGGAUCCUGUGGCAGCUAUUCCCACCUAAAGCCAACCCUAUAAGGAUGGGUCAUUUUUUAGCCAUGCUAGGAUUUACUGCACACACAAAAAUGUCAUUUAGCUUGUCGCAUUGCUAGCACAGCUGCACAUAUGAGCGAAGCACUGUUGGUCCGUGUUUCUCAGUGGGGGUGCUCUUGGCAUUUGGAGCUGGGUAGGUCUUUGCUGUACAGAAUCGUCCCGUGCAUUGCCAGAUGUUCAAUAUCCCAGGCCCCUGCUGACUAAAUGUCAGUAGCAGUCUCAGUCAUUGUAAACACCAAGAAUAAAAAGCAUUCCCCCAGCUUCAAAUGCCCUCCCUGGGAGGUUGGUAUCACCUCCCCUGAAUGCCACUGUCUACUGCAAUUUGAGGACACAGGGAGAAAAAGUGCCUAUCCUCAAACAUUGUCUCUGCUGCCUUGCAUUUCUUUGGGCCCUGAAUGGUUUUUCUCCCUUCAUUUUUCGAGCCUUUGUCUCAGUGCAGCUGUUCUUCAGGGAGGAGGUUACUGGGCAGCCUUGGCCAUUCAGUGGGCAUGGGGACUUGGCCUAGUCCAUAUAUAUAUAUAUAUAUAUAUAUAUAUAUUUAAAGUCCCUUAUAUAUACUUAAAGGAGAGAUCAUACAUGAAGAAAGCUUUCUUUUUUUUUUUUUUUUUUUUUUUUGCCUUACAACUUUUCUUUAGAACCACAUUAUUGGUCAUAAUCCUUGUUACUGUCAUGAGGAUUGUUGCACGGGUUAAACACAAACACAGACUAACAAUGCACUUGAACAAACCUGGUGAUCUUUGGAAAUAAAUCACCAUUAGAUUUCACCUGGUUAUGCUGCAUCCCAUAAGUUCCAAAUGAAUCACCUGCUUAUCCUAUUAAGGAAGCAUUUAAUUCACACGCAAAUGCCUGAAUUUCCCCUGUAUAAAUGUAGUCAUGCGGUUCAACUUUUCUAAUAAGAUUUGUGAAUGCUGCAUUAUGAUGAAAAUGUGGAUUAACUGUGGAUUGCAUGCCUAUUGUUCAUACUUCAGUGAUGGUCACACACAAAACAAGAUGAGUUUUACUUAGGUGAAAUAUUAUUAAACUCUACUAACAAUACAGAAACAUAUUCUUUGUCGCUUUUUAUCACCAAAACUGAAUGGUAAAUAUGUCUUGACAUUAUUUGGAUGAAUUGUGGCUAGCAGAAUGGAAUUAACUUAGCCACUAUAAUUUUUUAAAGCAUUAAAAUUUCUAAAUUGUUUUUGAGGCCGAGUAAGGCAGAGUCAAUAAAGGUGGUUAUAUUGUGAGCUUUUAGAUGGUGCUUAAGAAUUCUUAUCUUUUUAAAUAGCAGUAUUUGUUUUUUAAGAAUAAAUUGAAAGGAGCAAAUAAGGCAGAAUGCCACCCUACCCUCAGGUCAAUUUUAUGGUAUAUGAAAAAGCCAAUAAUAUUUGUGCCACUUGCCGACUCUGGGGAGGAGGGGCUUUACCCCUUACUGGAUCCUUUUGUUAUAGUUUGACUAUGUCAUUACAUUGUUUAGAGAGCCUCCACAACGAGAAGUUACCACUGCAGGGCUAACUCGUCUUCAGAAAUAAUCUGAAUGAUUCAAGGGUCAAACCACUUUCAUCCCUUAAAAUAUAGGGACUAUUAUUUCUUUUUCUUUUUUUUUUUUUAAACAUUUCUUCUGUGGCUUAGAAACGUGCCAGUGUGUUCAAAACAUUUACACCAAUUUCACCAGAUUUAGGACCUACUAAAAAUUCAAAUGAGUUUCUUUUUUUUUUUUCUGUGUAACAGGGAUUUUUAAAUAAUGGACUAUAUGCAUUCUUUUGUUAUUUCACACUUCAGUUAAAGUGAUAACAAUGGUAAACUGUGAUCAUUAUCAGACUGACUGAAUGCUUUCUGAUUUCCAGUGAGUGAUCUAGUUCUACGUAUUACACAGGUGUAAUAUCUGUGAGUGUAAAUAACUGGAACUGUACACUGAUUAACAUGACAGUUUCUCUUUUGUUGUUGUUCUUAUCUGUACUGUAUUAUAGUAUGUGGGUAUAAAUAUCUACAAGUAUACACACAUAUGUACUUGUAUUCCACUAUUGUAACCUGAAAGAAAGACUAUGUAUUCCCUUUUUUAAUUCCGUACUGGUGUUUGUGUUAUUUAAAAAGCAAAAUUCUGCUCUAUUUAGUUGUAUGAUAUUAGAGGAUACUUUGCUGUGCACAAUUCCAAGUGCCUUAGAACAUUGUUUAGCUUUCCUAAGUAUAUAUAAAUGCAUAUAUGUAUAAAAUUGGGAAAAGUUACCUCAAUAAAAUCAUUGGGAAAUCCCCAGUUUUAGUUUGUUCCAGUUUCUAUUAUAUUUGGAUAGUGCUCAGCCUUUUUAAAUGCAAAAAGAAAAAAGAGUAAGACAACUUCUCUAAUUGCCUGUUAUUUCAACUUCACCUAAGUUUUUAACACCUCUUUGUAUGUAAGGUCUUGAGACAUGUAAGGCCUUGUACUUUUUAUUUGAAAUGUCUGUCUAAAGAAUUACUGCUCUUAAAAGAAAUUUCCAGUA